AUGCCGACAAUUGCUCUGGUCGAUGACGACCGCAACAUUUUGACUUCGGUGUCGAUUGCGCUUGAGACGGAAGGCUACCGCGUCCAGACCUACACGGACGGAACGUCUGCGCUUGAUGGGCUGCAGAGCGACCCUCCGCAAUUGGCAAUAUUCGAUAUCAAGAUGCCGCGCAUGGACGGCAUGGAGUUGCUGCGCCGAUUGCGCCAGAACUCGGAUCUGCCGGUCAUCUUUCUGACAUCCAAGGAUGACGAGAUCGAUGAAUUGUUCGGUUUGAAAAUGGGGGCGGACGAUUUUAUUCGCAAACCGUUUUCCCAGCGUCUUCUGGUCGAGCGUGUGCGUGCGGUUCUGCGCAGGGCACAGCCGAAGGAUGCCAGCGCGCCGCGAGACGACGCGGACAAAUUGCUUGAGCGUGGCCAGCUCGUCAUGGAUCAGGAACGACACACCUGCACCUGGAACAACAAGCCCGUAACGCUGACAGUCACAGAAUUCCUGAUCCUGUCUGCCCUGGCGCAGCGGCCCGGGGUCGUGAAAAGCCGCAAUGCGCUCAUGGAUGCAGCUUAUGAUGACCAGGUCUACGUGGACGACCGGACAAUCGACAGCCACAUCAAGCGUCUGCGGAAAAAGUUCAAGGUUGUUGACGACGACUUCGACAUGAUUGAAACACUUUAUGGAGUUGGGUACCGCUUCCGGGAAGUCUGA